AUGUCUGCUACCGCCCCUUCUGAUACGUUUCCAACAAUCAACUCCAGUACAUUCCCAGUCCUUGAACCUCCAGAGCCGACCUGCGAAUGCUCUUCUCCAGGCUCGGUCGACACUGCUAUCCCCACAACACCCAAGAACAAAUUUGCAAGUCCCAACGAAUACUUUUCCAUCCCUGUACGUUUCGACGGUUCGCCAGAUCUUCGCGGAGAGACAGACGACUUCAACAUGGAGCUACCAAUUCGUCGCAGAGGAUCCCCAACCCGCAAUCCAUCCUGUAGCAACUCCCGUGCGAUGCUUGCUAUCCUUACGGCAGACGAAGUUGAGCAAGCCACAGCAGUAGUAUCCCCGAGUCAAGAUUCUUCGGAUUCCUCUUUUAAGGGAAUCCCACUGAACCUUCAUGCAACCCCAAUGGCUUACAACGACUAUGGCGAGCUCGUCACCCAAGCUUCCCUUAACAUCCCUAAGACUCCUCAAAAAAUGACAGCUACCGAGAUCAUCAGAGUCAUCCACACAGCUUACCACCAAGAUGUAAGUUUUUCCUCUUGUUAACCGAUCUUGUCGAAAUGGGAUAAAAUCCCCCCGUUGGAGGGCCUUUUUAGAAGCGACUUGGCUAACUCUAGGUCAUCAGCUCCGUGACCAGAUGGGUGAGAUUAUUCUGGAAGAAAUGGACGGAAAGAUAUCCCUGAUCGUUGGAGAUGGUACAUUACGUGGUCAUCACCUUACCUCCUGGGUUUUCCAAUCUGGCUCUUCCUCAGUUGGAGCAGAUCAUGGACAACCCACACCCGCAGAAGGAAUCAAUGUACAGGCUCCUCGUGGACCUCCUCGAAUUCUGAACGUUGGUUGCGGUAGCGGUACAUGGUGCUUUCGAGUAAAGUCUGCAAAUCCCAACUGGAUUGUUCAUGGUGUUGAUGAUACAAAUCACUGGUUGUGCGUCCACAAGGAUCUCCCCCUUCGGUAUGUAUCUUUAAACUUGGUACGCGAUAUUUGCUAAGACUAUCGUAGGGACUUUAUGUGUGUUGCUUCACAGGAUAAAGGACAAGACUACUUUGCACGAACUGAACCCCUCGAUGUCAAUCCACAAUUCAGUGUCCGAAAUAUUAACACCCUUACUGAUCCCUCAAACCCCCUUCUGAUGGGCAGCUACAGCCUCGUUCGUGGACGUCAGAUCUUUGGAAAGGUUCAAAAUUACAAGGCCUUUCUCGAUUCUAUUCGCAUGUAAGUUCUACAAUAUCUUCAGUGUGGAAACAGAACUUCCUCACUACUCAAUUCGCAGUUGUGGUUUGCUGACGCUUUGCAGGUUACUUCAACCAGAUGGAGUCGUUGAGUUCCUCGAAGUUGAUCCUCGCCCUCGAAUCCCAUUUGUUGGUCCUUAUCGAAAGCCCAUUGUCGAGCGAAAGACCCAAUCCAUUCGAUUGGCUGAUACGAUUAUUGACUCUGACUUGGCGGAGAACGUUCCGGGCUGGUCUGCGAGGGUUGUAGAACAAGGAAAAGCAAGCUUACGACCUCUAGAUGGUAUUCCCGCUGCCAAUAUGAAGGAGUGGAUUGAGGGCGCUGGGUCAGUGAACACUUCGCUUGCACACAUACUUCUGCAGCUAACAUUAAUCAGCUUCUACGAUGUCAAAGAAGUCAUCAUUCGCUUACCAGUUGGCGGUCCCACAUCUUCCGGUCAAAAGCAUUUGAGUUAUUUGCGUUAUCAACUCGAUCUUGAGGACUCCAUUCCGAAGGUGAGAUAAUAACAUCGCAAUUCUCUCUAUAACUUAACCCCCUUCUAACAACGCCUCUAGGUCCGGGCAGAACUCCCACGCGUCGAAAUGGACGAAUUUGAGAGCGGCGCCUAUUCUCUCAACCUCCACAUCGUCACCGGUCGCAAACCACAACUCCCACGCACCGGAGACCUUCUCAAGGACGGAGAGAGGGUUGAAAUGACGCCUUCCACGUACGAUGCGAUGGCUAGAAUGAAUGACACCAAGUCUCCAACGUGGAAAAGGUUCGAAAAGGCCCUCCUGCAAUCCAUUUGA